AUGUCUUCAAAACCAUCGUUACACGUUUCAUCUGAAAUCGGUCAACUUCAUCGUUUGAUUAUUCAUAGUCCCGAUAGUGGUCUAGGAAAAGUUGUUCCAUCCAAGGCACAAGAUUGGCUAUUCGAAGAUAUUGUCCAUUUGAAUACAAUGAGACGACAAGAAUACGAUUAUUACAUUAAAUUGCUGUUGUAUUUUCUGGAUCGACAAAAAGUGCAAGGUCAACUGGAUAAACUUGAUGAAAAUGUAACAAGGGAUUUUUAUAAACCUGGUCAUCAGAAUUAUUUCAAUUCAGAUAAAGUUAUUGAAUUUCAAUGUUUACUGUCUCAUAUAUUAGAAGACGAAACUGUAAGAACAAAAUUGGUCGCAAGUAUUUGUGCUGUUGAACAUCAUCUAUACGAUACACAGCAAAAACUAUUAUCAUUAAAAUCUACUGAACUGGCCAAUGUCUUGAUAUCGGGUAGUUAUUCGACUGGUGACGAAAUGUUAUUUCCACCCAUACCGAAUCUAUUAUUUACACGAGAUCUAGGAAUAAUGAUCAAUGAUCAUUUGUUGUUGAAUAAACCUGCUAAACUAGCACGAACAAGAGAAGCUCUAUUGUAUCAAUACAUCGUCUUCAAUCAUCAAUUGUUCGCGGAUAUUCGAGAGAAAAUAAUCGAAUUACCCGAAAAUGAACUUCAUUUCCUGCUGCCUGAAAAUGAGAAAUCUUACAAUCGAACAACAUUGGAAGGUGGUGAUCUGAUGAUUGUUGCUCCAAAUCAUUUGCUUAUCGGUGUUAGCGAACGAACAACGAUUUAUGCUGCUCAGUUGCUGAUUCAAGUUUUAUUUGAAAAACAAAUUGUGAAUAAAAUAACACUGCUAAAAAUUCCCUAUAAACGUGAUUGUAUGCACAUAGACACAGUGUUUACACAAGUGAAACGAAAUGUCUGGGUUUUAUACCAUAAAUUAGCUCGUAAAGUGAAUAAGCGAUAUGAUGAACAAAUCGAUCCGGUAAUGAGUCGUCUAAUGCCAAAAGUGGAUGGUGAUGAUGUUAAAUUGAUACAAUUUCGUCAAGGAAAAGAAACAAAACCGCAUGAAAUUGAAAAUCUUGAAGAUUUGUUGACCGAAGUGAGUUGUGAAGAUCUAGGAUGUUCAAAAGAGUCGGUAAAAUUCAUAUAUUCUGGUGAUAAUGAAUUUCCAUAUGGUGCAAGAGAACAAUGGACCGAUUCGUGUAACCUCUUAGCACUGAAAGAAGGUGUUGUGAUUGGAUAUGAUCGAAAUGAUAAAACUGUAGAGGCAUUUAAACACGCAGGAUUUAACGUGGUAAAAGCGACUGACCUUUUAAAACAGUUUGAGUCAAAAGAAAGAGAACCAGAAACAUUGAUAGAUACAUUAAUUCUGUUACCAUCGAGUGAGUUGUCACGUGCGAGAGGCGGCUCACAUUGUAUGAGUUUGCCGUUAUUAAGAGCAAAUAUUGAAAAAUAA